AGCUGACAAGGUAAACUUCUGUUGUUCUGUCCCUGAACAAGGCAGUUAACCCACUGUUCCUAGGCCGCCAUUGUAAAUAAGAAUUUGUUCUUAACUGACUUGCCUAGUUAAAUAAAUAAAGGUUAAAUUAAAAAAGAGCAUUUUAUUUAUGUAGGCCUGGCCUCACACUCCAGUACUGUAAGGGGCGGUGUAGGCACCUCAAAUUUGGAUGCGAUCCGCCAAACAAAUUCCAAAGGUUAAACGGAAGUAAACAUGGCUAAGAACACUUUUCACUUUUGCGUUUGUCAUUUAGACAUUUUAACAACCAUGGAAUUCAAAAUGUGACGAAUUUAACUGCACAGCACUAAAUACUUACCUCAGAUAAUAUUUAAUUCGCGUUGGAGACAGGAUUUGGAUGAUAGAUGUUAACGUUAUCUAGUAAGUAACGCUAGCUGCUAACAAUGGCCAUGGUUUUUCACACUCAAAUAGCCUCCAUCAUGGAGGUGCUAGCGAAUGCAGCCGUGGCAGAGAUCUGUAAACUCGUAGACGACGACUAUGCAGUGUUUCGUUUGGAAAUAACUCAAAGCCAGAAAGAAAACAGGGCAUUGCGGAGGAAACUACAGCUACAAGAACUGAAGGUGGCACGGGAGCGCGCAGAGAAGACAAUGCGAGAGCGCGUCCUCGCCAGUCGUCCCAGUAGUGUCAAGAUUCUCGAACGAUUCAGAGGAAUGGCAAGAGGUGAAGGACAUCUCACUGGAGGCCACAGGGGCUUUGUGAAGCCAGCGGGACACAAUACAUGGCGAGAUGACCAACCAAUCAAUGUUGAUGAGGGGAGCAGAACCUCAAACCAGCACGUUAUCGUGAUAGAGUCUGAAGAUGCAAGUCCUGGGUUCCAGCUGGAGAGGUCUGAAGGAGAGGACCUGCACAGCAGAGACAUCCAGACUGGAGUGGCUGGAGUAGCCCCCCCUGUAGCCAAGGAGGACCCCACCACUGCCCCAGAGCUGCCCAGGCCCCGACGUAGCAUCACGGAGGAGGAGGGUCCAGAGGUGCUGCUGGUGAAGGAGGAGGGGUGUGGGGAGGGUCUGGGGAACCCUGAGGUGACCAUGGUCAUGGAGGACAACCAGACUACACCACCUCCUGAACCCACAGAGAAACCAGCUGAGCAGCACUGGACCACACACAGUCUCACUGAGUCAGUAGACAUGGAGGAUGGGAAGCCUGAUCUGCUGCUGGUCAAAGAGGAGACAAUAGACGACGGACCAGAGAGCAUUGAUCUGCUGAGUGGACUAAAGAUGGGGGAGCAAGGUGGUUGGCUGGAGGCUAACAGAGGAGACUGGACGGCCAUUUUGGAUUCCCAGACCGAUGCAGUUAAGGGACCAGGGGAUAACGUCACUCAGCAGGCCAGGACCAGAGGCGACAUAGUAGAGGUCUGUGGAUGGGACAGCAUCCUCAACUCUGGGCCUGGGAUCAACACUGUUAACCACAACCAGAAACAGACAGCCAAACACAAAACCACAUCUGAAUUUAGUCUCCAUGACAACAGACUGGCUGAGACUACAGCGAGGCGUAGAUUUGGUCUGCGGGUACGGGGAGGUGUCCGUAUGCGGCUGGAGAGAACAGACGCAGACUCGGCUAGCGAUGCUCCGUCCUGCUCCUAUAGUUGUGAUUCAGAGAGACUGAUGGUGCCUCAGGUUAACACCCUAACAGGUGCUGCCUUAAGCCUGCCUUCUAUAGGAUCUAUCAACUGGAACAUGGACCCUGUGACAACACAGACGCUCUCUGGCCUUCAUCCUCCUCACACUCUCCUAAUGUUAAACCAGACCUCAGACAAUGCUUCAACGCUAAAUGGCUACACAAGCCCAUUGACAAAUGACAGUAGUAGAGACGGAAUCAGGAAAGAGAAACGCUUCCCGUGUUCAUUCUGUGGGAAAGCUUUCAGUUUCCCCAAACAGGUAGAGAUCCACCAGAGGAUACACACAGGGGAGAAACCUUUCGGCUGCCACCUGUGCCGGGCCCGUUUCUCCCGAUCGACCCACCUGAAGAGGCACCAGAGGGUCCACACAGGGGAGAAACCCUACAGCUGUCCACAGUGUGAGAAGAGGUUCUCCCACCAACACAAUAUGAAAGUGCACCUGAAGGUUCACACAGGAGAGGCCGUUCGCCUGUACACACUGCGAGAAGAGGUUCUCAGAGAGGAGAUACAUCAGGAUACACCAGCAGAAAAUGCACACGACCCAUGUAUAGGGUAUAGUGACAUGUAAUGUAGUACAAGCAUUUUGCUACACCCGCAAUAACAUCUGCUAAACGUGUAUGUGGCCAAUAUAAUCUGAUUUGAUGAUGUAGUACUAGAUAGUUUGUAGUUAAUUCUGUUAGCUUGGGAUGUAGUAGGAAACUGGAUGAGGUGAACUGAGGAGGGAAUGAGUAUGAUGAGGCAGAGUAGAUGAUUGGUGAUGGUUGGUGUGAUGGUGUCUGUGAAAAUGCUUCACUGAUGAAGUGACAACCUUGUCCUGUUUGUGUGCAGUGUAUUGUUUGAUCCUUUUCCAAAAUAUUCUAAAAUUAAUUUGAUCAAAGCGAGGGUACCAGAUUUACUGAAAAGGGCAAGUGUUACCAUAGUGAGAAGUUAUUCUACUUGUCACAUAUUGUUUUGUGAAAUAAAAGUACUGUACUUCA